AUGCAAUGGUUAAUCAUAAAAAAAUCCCUCCAGGUUUUCAGCCUUUUACCAACAUAUCAUCCUAGUUUAGCUAUAACAUACGGGAAUUUGGGUUCAACAUUCAGAGACAUUGGUGACAGUGAAAAGGCAUUGGAAAUGUUUAAAAGAAAACUAGAUAUACAGCUGAAAACGUUAACUCCUAGUCAUCCAUCAUUAGCCAGUGCUUAUAAUAAUAUGGGAGUUAUUUACAAGGAAAAUGAUGAUUAUAUUCUUGCAUUGAAAAUGUAUCAGUCAGCACUGGAUAUUUGUUCAGUAGCAUUAAUACCUGAUCAUGUUAACAUUGCAUUGACAUAUAAUAAUAUGGCUAAUAUUUAUAAUGAGACUGGUGAUUAUAGUUUAGCUAUUGAUUGCUACUUGAAAGCGCUCGAAAUUGAAGUUAAACAUUUUUCAGAAGAUCAUUAUCAUGUGGCAAUGACGUAUGGUAACAUAGCUAUUGUAUAUGAUGGUCAACGAAAUUAUACAGCUGCUGUCGAAAAUCAUCAAAAAGCUCUAGAUAUUUUGCUAAAAUCCUCGACAGUAAAUCAAGAAGAAUUGUCUACAAGUUAUUUCAAUUUCGGUUCGACUCUCAAAAAGAUGGGAAAUUUUAGUUCAGCUUUAACAAUGUUUGAGAAAACACUUGAAAUUAAAUUAGCUCGUUUGACCCAUGAUCAUUCUGAACUUGCAGUGUUAUUCAAUAAUAUUGAUCUAAUGUAUUUCAAUCUGAAACAUUACGGAAAUGCAUUAAAAAACUAUAAUCUAGCACUGGACAAUUGCUUUAAAUCGUUAUCAAAAGAUCACAAUUACUUUGCACAAAUUUACGAUAAUAUUGAACUUGUAUAUAAAAUGGCUGACGAUGAAGCAACAGCAAUACAAUACUUUGAAAAAUCAUUCGAGAUUCGAUCAAGAAAUUUACAAUCGAAUCAUCCAUCGAUACCAAUUAUUCGAUGUAUGUUGGAUGAAGCAAGGGAAAAGCUAGAAACAAGCGAAUGA